AUCCUUUGCUUCUUGUUCCGCAUCAUUCAAUUUCAGUUUACUCUCGCCUCGCAAACAGCUACGCAGUGAUGGAUCCUGGAGAAGACAGCGACUGGAAGAGUCUCGCUUUCCGACAGAAAGCGGUAGAGCAGAUUGAAGAGGCUAUGGGUAAAGCAGGGACCGCUCACAAUACGUCCAGCAGUGACAUGGAAAACCACAUCUUUAUGAAAGCUAAAUCAAAGGAUGAAUAUCUGUCCUUGGUGGCAAGACUAAUUAUUUACUUCAGAGACAUUCAUGAGGCCCAAGGCCAAGGUGAUCAGCUCCAGAUGCAACAGUUGGCUCAGCAACAGCAUCAGCAGCAGUUUCAGCAGCAGCAGGCAGCCUUGCAACAGCAGCAGUUUCAGCAGCAGCAGUUUCAAGCGCAGCAACAGUCUGCCAUGCAACAGCAACAGUUACAAGCGCAGCAGCAGCAAAUCCAGCAGCAACACAUACUCAAGCUGCAGCAGAUGCAGUUUAAGUAAGUCACUUAAACUCCAUGUGCUCAGUCCUUCGGAUGAGAUGUAAAACCGAGGUCCUAUUGUAAGUGAUUCUGCAGCAGCAGUUGUGAUGCAUAGUUUAAAGUGUAUUUAUUAAACAUGAAGUGACUCUGCUUCUCUGAUGUCAGAUGGAAAUCUAUUCCACAAUUUUGAUGCAUUAUAGCAAAGGAUACGAUUUUGGCACAGUGAUUUUUUUUUUUUUUCUCCAAAUAAUGUAGGUUUAGCUACAUCAACAUACACAAGCUUUUAAAUAGUACACCAUAACCAAUAAUCCAGAUUGCUUUUGACUGCUGAUUAUUGCUUUUGACUUACUUUAGAGCACAAAACUUUUUAUUUUAUUUUAUUAAUACUGUAUGAUGCAGCUUUCACACCGGCCGAGUAGUGAAAGAGACGGGGUCUGAAAUAAAUGGUGUUCCUAUUUCUCUGUGCGCGUCCGGCGUAAAUGUACAUUUAUAUAUACAAAAUCAGCAUGUCCAGAUUGUUUUUAAUCCCGUGUUCAAAAUGAAACAGCAUAUAAAUAUGCUUCAAUAACGAGAACGAGACAUUUUAAAUUGGUUGUUUCGGAGUAGCUUACAGAGCACAUCCCCUGUAAAAAUUAAAACAAACAAAACAACAACAAAAAAAGUUGAAAAGUCAAAUCACAGACAGGCACCGUGUCCAAGAAGCAAGGCAUCACAAAGAUCAGAAAACAGAUAAACCUCUCGUUUUGGCUACAGUUUGCGGAAAUAGUUAAAAAAAAGUUCAAACGGCAGUCUGCUUUUGUUUAGCAAUGUUUAAUUUUAGAGAAAGUGAGUAUUUA